UUGCAUUGCACUUAUUUGCACUUCAAUAACAAAUACGGAGAAGUUGUAACACUUCGAUCGAAAUUUCAUAAAAGUGUUUGUAACGUAAUCAUUUUACUAUGAACGACAUAGACGAUAAGUUUUACUACGUGUACAGUUCAUCAUUAGAUCACAAACUGGAGAUAAAAAUAGGAACUUUAGAGGGUAAGCGUGCUAAGCCAGAGUAUGAUAAGUUGCUCUCGGAUCCCAUGUUGAAGUUUUCUGGCUUGUACCAGGAAGGGUGCUCUGAUUUGUACGUGAGUUGCCAAGUGUUGAGUGAUGGAGUUCCCUUGGCGCUGCCAGUUACUACCUCGUACAAGGCCUUCACUAAUCGCUGGAAUUGGAACGAAUGGGUGGCCCUGCCCGUAUACUACAGCGACCUCCCUCGCAACGCCAUGCUUGCUAUGACGAUAUAUGACUGCGCUGGGCCCGGGAAGCUCAUGGUUGUGGGCGGGACCACUAUAUCCUUCUUCGGGAAACAUGGCAUGUUGAGACAGGGGAUGUUCGACCUCCGCGUGUGGCCCGGGGUGGAGGGGGGAGAGAAGACACCGGGGAAAGCUCCGGACCGGGGGAAAGAGCAGAUGCAGAGGUUGGCUAAACUGGCGAAGAAGCAUAGGAAUGGACAUAUGCCGAAGGUGGAUUGGCUAGAUCGUCUCACGUUUCGUGAGAUAGAAAUGAUCAACGAGAAGGAGAAGCGAGGGUCUGACUACAUGUACCUCAUGAUUGAGUUCCCCACCGUCCACAUCGAUGGCAUCAACCACGCCGUCGUAUACUACGAGCAAGAUGGCGACGAAAUGUACCAGUUCCGCGCACAGGCGGAGAUCGUCACUGUACCCGACCACGAGAUACAACAGGAGAACCUAGUAGAAAACAAGCAGCACCGUCUAGCUCGCUCCCUCCGCGCCGGCCAAGGCGGUCGAGACGCCAAGCCGACCGCCGCAGAGCGCGACCAGUUGACCGCCAUAGUAGCGGCCCCUCCGGCCUCACCGCUUACUGGGACUUACCAAGACUUGCUAUGGAAAUACAGAUUCUACUUGUCGUCGCAUCGGCGCGCGCUCACAAAGUUCCUGGAAUGCGUCAACUGGAACCGACCAGCGGAGGUGCGGCAAGCCCUGUCGAUGAUGAAGCAAUGGGCUCCUAUGGACGUUGAAGACGCUUUGGAGCUCCUUACACCCAAGUUCACACACCCCGCUGUCAGGAAAUACGCAAUCUCGCGACUGAAACAGGCUCCUGACGAAGAUCUAUUGCUGUAUCUCCUGCAGCUUGUACAAGCUUUGAAGUAUGAAGAUUUCAAUGAAAUACACGAAGAGUAUGCGCGCAUUUGUGGCAAAGAUGUGGCCGUGUAUUCGGAUUCUGAAGGACGAUUGUUACAGAGCGGCCCUAGGGGAAGUCAAGCUAGUCUGCUGUCUACAUCUGUGCUAACAGCAAGCGAGAUGACGUCAUCGACGAUCAGCCGUCGCUCGGAAGACGACACCCUCACGGACAACACCGACAACAUCAAUUCUGUCAUCGACAACAACUCAUACGGUGAUGGAACAGACCCUACAGAAGAGCGUCUAAACCUAGCAACGUUCCUCAUAUCGCGUGCCUGCAACAACAGCGUCCUAGCCAACUAUUUGUACUGGUAUCUCCUUAUUGAGUGCGAAGACCGGCAGACUACACAAGAAAUGGCUAUCAGAAGCAUGUAUCUUACUGUUAUGAGGACAUUCAGUCAUCAGCUUGCUAAAGGCACCGCGGAGCACCAACGCACCCGCUCCUUCCUCGCCCGUCAACAAGUCUUCAUCGACAAGCUAGUGAAGCUCGUCAAAACUGUCACACGCGAGAGCGGCAACCGUAACAAGAAAGCUGAACGCCUGCAACAAUUACUAGCCGACCCUGACGCCUUCAAAUUCAACUUCACCAACUUCGAACCAAUGCCUUUCCCUUUGGACCCAAACGUAACCAUCAAAGGAAUUGUCGCUAAGAAAGCCAGUCUAUUCAAAUCUGCUCUAAUGCCAUCGAAGUUAACGUUUUUGACGACCGAAGGAGUGGAGUAUGAAGCGAUGUUUAAGCAUGGCGAUGAUUUGAGACAAGACCAGCUGAUUCUGCAGAUGAUUACACUGAUGGAUAAGUUGUUGAGGAGGGAGAAUUUGGAUUUGAAGUUGACGCCGUAUAAGGUCCUAGCAACGAGCUCAAAGCACGGCUUCCUCCAAUUCAUCGAAUCAGUCACCGUGGCCGAGGCGCUAGCCACUGAAGGAACCAUACAGAACUUCUUCCGAAAAUAUAAUCCGUGUGAAGGCGCGCCGUAUGGAGUCAAACCUGAGACGAUGGACACUUAUAUUAGAAGCUGCGCGGGAUAUUGUGUCAUUACGUAUCUUUUGGGUGUUGGUGACCGCCACUUAGACAACCUGCUACUCACAAAAUCCGGGGCUCUGUUCCACAUCGAUUUCGGCUACAUCCUGGGCCGAGACCCCAAACCAUUACCCCCUCCUAUGAAACUGAGCAAGGAAAUGGUUGAAGCUAUGGGAGGAAUCCAUUCGGAGCAUUAUCAGGAGUUUAAGAAGCAGUGUUACACGGCGUUCUUGCAUCUUAGGAGACAUGCUAACCUGAUGCUGAACCUCUUCUCUCUGAUGGUGGACGCGUCCGUGCCUGAUAUAGCCCUGGAGCCCGACAAGGCUGUAAAGAAGGUCCAGGACAAACUGCGACUGGACCUGGGUGACGAGGAAGCGGUACACUACCUGCAGAACCUUCUGGACAUGUCGGUAACAGCUGUGAUGGCCGUCCUAGUCGAACAGUUCCACAAAUUCGCGCAAUACUGGCGGAAAUAGACACAGUACAAUAGUGCCUAUUUAUAUGGUAUGAAGGUGGUUUUCCACCGGCAGAGCGUGAAUGGGCAGAGCGGAGAGGGAAUUGAAAUCGCCCGGACCCUUUUCCACUAAAAAUUGCCAUUAAUAGCCAUCGCGGGCCUGCGCGAGCCCGCGCGUGCCUGCCGCAGAUUGUAGGUUUCAUACGAUACUCUAUGUAGAAAGCAAUACGGUACAUUUUUACAGUAACAAAUAUCUCAAUUGAAGUCUCGCACAUCCUCUUCAAUCCGCGCCUCGCGAUGUCUCGUCGCGCCCUGCCGGUAGAAUACCACCUUCGAGUUAAUUUAUACUCUAAGUAGGAAGCGAUACGGUUAAUUUUUACACUAACAAAUAUUUCAAUUCACGUCCCGCACAUCCACGUCAAUCCACUCCUCUCCACGCUGAGCCACUUUUCGUCUCGCCCUGCCGGUGGAUAACUACCAUCAGAGUUAAUUUAUACUUUAAAUCGGUAGCAAUACAGUUCAUUUUUACACGAAUAAAUAUCUCAAUUAAAGUCCCGCACAUCCCAGUCAAUCUUUACUGUUUCCACCGAAGAUGCGCUGGGCGAGAAUUGAAAAUUUGCCAUACAAAUUUCAAUUCCCUCUCCGCUCUGCCCAUUCACGCCCUGCCGGUGGAAAACCACCUUCAGAACAUUAAAUUGUGGUACUUAUUUAAUGGGUGAUCCGGUGUGCUAUGUAACGAACAGUCAGAAAUGUAUCUGAAGUCGCAUAACGGCCCAGCCACGCAGCCAUAACGGCAGCCAUAGGUGCGAAUGAAAAGUCCCGUCGCUGUGUCUCGCUCCAAUGUAUGGCCGCCGCUCACUGCCGUCGCGCUUAGACCAAUGUCGUGGCUGAGCCGUGAGAUUCUCUUGUGUAUGUAAUU